UUUAAUGCUAGAAAUUACUGUCUUAUGCCAUUUCAUUCCUUGCCAUAUAAAUAUCGCAUGUCGUCUGUGAUAAGCACAACAUUCAAGUCUAAUCCAUCAAACGUGAAACAAUGAAGACUUCUAUGAUCCUGCUACUCUGUGCCGCAAUCGUUUUGGUUGCAGCAGAAGACAAGAAGAGCCCGGCUAAAGUGCACGACGUUAAGCAGCAUGAGAGUCACGGUCAGCAACAGCAGCUGAAGCAACAGCAUGCUCAGGAUCAGCACCAUCAGGCCCCAGGAGCCCAACAGCACACGCUGAAGCAUGACCAACAGCAACAACCAAAGCCAGCCCCUGCCCACAAAUCUAAGCGUGAUGCUCCGAAAAAUACUGCUACAGGACAGUCGACCACCGCUGCCCCGAAAGCGACCGUUGAUCCGAAACAACCGUCGGUUCUUCCAGCUAUCGUUGGUCAAGCACCGAAAAACAAGCGUGAAACCGUAGCCGCACAGCCAGCCGCAGCUCCCCGUCCAUCUACGAGUGCCCCAGCAAAGGCCGGUGCUGCUGGAGCUGCCAGUCAGCAGAGACAGCCCGCAGCUGCCCCACGUCCCAGUGGAGCUAAGCUGAACCGUGACCAACCUUCCAACGCUCCUAAAUCGACUGCAAAUGCUAAGGCACCUGCUACCGUCAACCAGCAAAGUUCUUCCUCGACCACGGCCAGCCCUGCCAAGAAGGUUUAAAU